GUGUUUGCGUGUGUUUCAGGCGGCUGUAAUACAGGAGCAGGAAGAUGUGUAUGUUUAUUUUUGGCUCAGUUUGAGCCUGUCGAUGGCUGCCGAUGCGUCGCAAAGGACAGCUCUGAGAUAUCAACAGACCCUGCUGUAUGGAGAAUACAGGGAGCAGCUGGGUAAUAUUGCCAGGAGGGAGGCGGCACGCCUGCUCACUGACAAGCAAUCAAAGAAACAUGCCACCAGGAGGGGCAUCGGUCGGACACAUCAUGCAACCUUGGAAACAGGACCUAUGACCUCAGGGUUCAGCCACGCCUCCUCAACAAAGACAUCCGACCCCGAUUCUAAAUGCCAAGGUUGCCUUGGCCGGGUUCAGAGGUAUAUUCUGACGAAGCUUGGGGAGGACUGGCUGUUCCUGGUGCUCCUGGGCCUCACCAUGGCUCUGGUCAGCUGGACUAUGGACUACGCUAGUGCCAAAAGCCUGCAGGCGUAUAAAUGGAUGCAUACAGAGCUGAAAGGGAAUGUUUUGCUCCAGUAUAUGGCCUGGGUCACCUAUCCCAUAAUACUCAUUACGUUCUCCUCUCUCUUCUGCCACUUGGUCGCCCCGCAAGCUAUAGGUUCUGGUAUUCCAGAGCUGAAGACCAUUCUGCGAGGGGUGGUGCUGAAGGAGUAUUUGACUCUAAAAGCUUUUGUGGCUAAAGUCAUCGGCCUGACCGCCAGCCUGGGCAGUGGAAUGCCUCUGGGAAAGGAGGGCCCUUUCGUCCACAUUGCCAGCAUCUGUGCUGCUGUGCUGAGCAGAGUCUUGUCCAUCUUCACUGGAGUGUACGAGAGUAAGGCCCACAAACAGGACCUGCUGGUGUGUGCGUGUGCGGUGGGAGUGGGCACCUGUUUCGCCGCCCCUGUGGGAGGCGUGUUGUUCAGUAUUGAGGUCACGUCCACAUAUUUUGCCGUGAGGAAUUACUGGAGAGGAUACUUUGCUGCCACCUUCAGUGCCUUCAUAUUCAGAGUGCUCUCUGUGUGGAACAAAGAUUCGGUCACUAUCACAGCUCUGUUCCGCACAAACUUUCGCAUGGACUUUCCCUUCGAUCUGCAGGAGCUGCCAGCGUUCGCUGUCAUCGGGAUCUCAUGUGGAUUUCUGGGAGCUUUCUUCGUCUAUCUGAACAGACAGGUUGUUUUGUUAAUGAGAAGGCCAACAGCACUCACCCGUUUCCUCACAAAACACCGGUUAAUCUACCCUGGCGUGGUGACACUGAUAAUUGCCAGCUUCACGUUUCCUCCUGGUUUUGGCCAGUUCAUGGCUGGUGAGCUGAUGCCCAGAGAGAGUAUCAACUCUCUGUUUGAUAAUUUCACCUGGACAAAGAUUUGGGGCUCCACUCCACCCCCUGGUCUGGGACGCUCCGCUGUUUGGUUCCAUCCACAAGUCAGCAUCUUCAUCAUCCUCCUUCUGUUUUUCAUCAUGAAGUUCUGGAUGUCUGCAGUGUCUACAACCAUGCCCAUCCCCUCCGGUGCAUUCAUGCCUGUCUUUAUACUAGGGGCUGCAUUCGGACGGCUGGUGGGCGAGAUCAUGGCUACUCUGUUUCCCAACGGAAUCCUCUUUGAUGGCAUCAUUUACCGAAUCCUUCCUGGAGGCUACGCUGUUAUCGGUGCAGCAGCAAUGACUGGAGCGGUCACGCACACUGUGUCCACUGCAGUGAUUUGUUUUGAGCUGACAGGUCAGAUCUCUCACAUCCUGCCCAUGAUGGUGGCUGUGAUCCUGGCUAACAUGGUGGCGCAGGGUCUGCAACCUUCUCUCUAUGACUCCAUCAUCCAGGUCAAAAAGCUGCCCUACCUGCCUGAGCUCGGCUUCGGACACAUCAGUAAGUAUAAUAUCUUUGUGGAGGACAUCAUGGUGAGGAAGGUGAAGUUCUUGUCUCCUCAAACCACCUACCGAGAGCUGGUUCACCUUUUGGAGUCUGCCACCCUGAAAACCUUCCCGCUUGUGGAUUCUAAAGAGUCAAUGAUCCUAUUGGGCUCCAUUGAAAGAUGCGAACUGCAAGCCGCCUGUGAUUGGUGGCUGUCAGCAGAGAGGCGGGUUUAUAACCAAGGUCAGGGUGUGCCCAGACCAGGAUCCAAGGCCAGCUGGGAGUCCUUCACAUUUGUAGAUGAAGAAGAAAAAGAGGACAUCAAAGAAAAGAGUAACACAGUCUCUGAGGAGCAAAAUGGCCCAUUGGCAUUUACUAAAUCUGAAGAGGACUCCACCAAUCACAAAGCAUCUGGUACCCUAAAGUCUAUGAGGAGCGCCCUUCAUCGCUUCUUCUCCACACAGCCCUCAUCAGAGCAAGCUGAGCCACAGGACUCCAGCCCCCCUCCUGUAGCAGAGACCAUGACUCCAGAACAGAUCAAAGACUGGGAAGAGGCAGAGUUGGAUAAGCCAAUCGACAUCGAUCAGAUUCGGAUUGAUCCCUCGCCGUUUCAGCUGGUGGAAAGAACAUCACUACAUAAGACACAUACUCUAUUCUCUCUGCUGGGUCUUAGCCAUGCGUAUGUCACCAGCAUAGGUAAACUGGUGGGAGUUGUGGCCCUGAAAGAGCUUCAGAAAGCAAUUGAGGGUUCGACCCGCAGUGGCGUGCGACUGCGCCCACCUCUGGCCAGUUUCCGAGAUGCGAGCCGCAAAGCCAAAAAGCCCCCCCACUCGUCCUCCACCCCCUCUUCACCCACUCGAGACAGAGAACUGUGGCACGAGGAAAGAAACAGUGAAGCAAAAAGUGAUACAGAAUCCAAAGAAACAGAGUGCAAGGUCACUGUAGACAACAGCGGCGUUACAGGCAGCGAUCUUCAAGAUCAGCCACCUUUGUCUUCCGUCCCCUCCUGCCCUUCAUCCUCCAUCCCUCUUUCAUCCCUCCAUCAUCAGCCCGAACCAGAUUCGAGCGGAGAGAGAGAGAGCAACGAUGAGCCUAUUUAAGACUGCAUUUUUUUUUUAUGUUUUUUUUUUCACAAACUCAACCCUCUGGAGAGAGGCACAGUGCAUUCUGGCAUGGCGAGUUCGGUCGGAGCUGAGGUUAGGCUACAGAUGUGCUAGAAAAUGAUGUACCAUGUGUUAUUUUUCUAGGAUUUUUUUACAGAACCUUGUCUGGGCCUAAUUUCAAAUCUGUCUGCAGUGUCUGUACUGUUCUUAAGAUGUUUUUGAGAGGCAGGUGCAGAAAUGAUCUAAUCAGCAGGCUUAAAGCAACACUAUGUAAUAUUCUACCUUAAAAUUGCAGCUUCAGAGGGGCUCCGAGUAAUCCAGCGGACAGAGAUGCUGUCGCUAUCAUCCAGGGAUCGUCGGUUUGAAUCCCAGAUCAUGCUGCUUGCCAUCAGCAGCCAGAGUCCGAGAGAGAACACAACUGGUCUUGCUAUUUCAGCGGGUAGGCGCUCUCCCCCCACAUCUCUCCUAGUGUGAUGCUGGCCGACACAGGCGUCUGUUAGCUGAUGUAUCAGAGCUGGUGAGCUGCACUUUCCUCUAAACAGGCUGGCUACCCAGUGAUGCUGCACCAGUGGCAGUUCGAGAAGAGGCGGUGGCUGACUUCACAUGUUGGUGGAGGCCCUCCUAGUGUUAAGGCAUGAAUAGAGAGGGGGAGUUCAUAUGAACAGCGAUUGGGUAAUUAGCCUUUCAAACUGGAGAGAAAAUGAGAAAAAAAAAUUAAAUAAAGGUAACACUUUACAAUAGGAAUACAAUAAUUAAUAGUACUUACAACAGAAACUCUCAACUUAUAAGCAUUUAAAUUUAGUAUGGUUUAAAAAUGUCUUAACUAGUGUUCAUUAAUAAUUAACUUAAACAUUACUUAACCAUUUAACAAUUUAUUAUUGUCAUAAGUACUAUAAUUUUUGUGACCCUUGUAGCAAAGUGUUGCUGAAGUAAUUAAAUAAAAAUCAAAAAGCAAAAUUAUUGUAAUGCUCCUCUGACCUCCUCUCUAUUGCAAGUAGGCAGAAUAGAAUCUCUAUCUUUGUAGGUACAGGCUCUUUAUGCAGCUGACUGCACUGUGUAACUCUGGAGAAGCAGGCAAAAAAAGGCUUAAAUGAACGGCAUAAUGCUGUUAAACUCUGUAAAAUAUUAAGCCAUCAAUCUACAUGACUUCUUCAGCUCUGUAUCUGUUAGCUUUUGUGAAAAAAUGUUUUUCCGGAGUUUCUCAAAGUAUGAAAUACACUUCCCGACUUAACGGGGAGACCAGGAGCAAGACAUCAUUUCUCCAUAGUGCUGCUUUAACGCCUUAAUUACCAGAAUGAUUCACUAAUUGUUUUUCUUGAUAAGCAAUUGCAUUUGUGUCUCUUAUGAUAUUGUUUGAUUAUGGUUGAGGCAAAUUGAUUGUUAUGCAAUAAUUACUGAGGUAAUCUUUUUUGUAAACAAGCUUUUUACCUUACAGGUCUGCUGUCAUGUCAGAUUCAUUUGAGACAAACAAAAAAAUCCACAAUACAGCAUUAUUUCUUCUUUGUUUA